AUGGGUGUGGAGAAAAAUUUUGAGCUCAUCUCUGUGUUGGGAGAGGCCAUUGGCGUUCCAUAUGGUGGAGGGUUGGAAAUGGCAACGGUUCAGGAAGAUUUGGCAAGCGAAUUCGAAUGCCCAGUGUGCUGCAAUUAUUUGGAGGCUCCUGUACUACAGUGUCGUAACGGUCAUGUGAUUUGCGCCAAUUGUCGUGCCAAGUUGACUUCUUGUCCAAUAUGCAGGGCACGUUUGGGAAACUUUCGGAACCUUGCAAUGGAGAAAGUUGCAAGUACUCUUAUGCUCCCAUGCAACUAUUCAGUAUUUGGCUGUGCAGUAGCCCUUCUACACACUGAGAGGAGGGCACACGAAGAAGCGUGUGAAUUCCAGCCAUACUCCUGUCCGUCCCGGCUGGCCUCUUGCAAGUGGGAAGGUUCCCUUGAGCAGGUGAUGACUCACCUUAUGAAGUCUCAUAAAUCAAUAGCAACUCUUCAAGGGGAGGAUGUUGUAUUCCAAGCAACAGACAUCAAUCAGCCACGAACAAGGAAGUGGGUCAUGAUACAGUCAUGCUAUGGCCACCAUUUUAGGUUGCUACUUGAGAAACGAGUGAAGUGGGAUGGACAUCAACAUCUCUAUGCUAUAGUACAACUGAUAGGGACAAGGAAACAGGCUGAAAGAUUUUCAUAUAAUUUAAAACUGAAUGGUCAAAGAAGACGUUUAACAUGGGAAGGAAAACUAAGUUCCAUGCAUCAACUAAUCCCCCUAGAAAUCAGGAACUCUGACUGUCUCGUAUUUGACCCCUGCACUACCCAACUUUUUGCAGAUAAGGGCAACCUGAGCAUCCAUGUGUCAAUUCGUAUGGUCUGA